GUACUCGGACAUACUCCAACAAUUCCUUGACAAAGUGGCAUCAGGAGCCGAAAGCAUGGUGGACGGCUUGCGCAACUUCUCAACGCCUUCCUGGCCCAGCGGAUCGGGCUCGCUCCAACUUCACCUUGACCUGUGAUACGGCGCUGCGCAUGGCUAAUCCUUCCGUCUUCACUUCGGCAUGAGCCUCCAUCUUCACAUCGGCUGGCUUCUCGCUUUUAACCUUGCGCUCCUCUUUGACAGCAAAGCUGUCCUCUUCUUCCUCUUCCUCUUCCUCUUCCUCUUCUUCAUCCUUUACAAUUUGUUCCUCAUCUCCUGGGAUACCAUCGUUGUUCUCCGCGUCUGGUUGCUGCUCAUGGUCCCCUGUGAUGACAAUGCGGUGAUAGAAGGGGCCAUGCCUUCGGCCGGUUCGACUGCUGGCAUGCCGGGCAGGACGACUGGCGCGGGUCGGAAUGUAGUCGGAGUCUUCGAUCGAUGGGACUGCUCUACCGCGAGGAUCGUUUUCGCCGACCUCGGGCUGAUCACUAUAAGCGCAAGUGGUCAGUAUGAUGACUGAAG